AUAUUGAAACUGAAGAAGAUAGCAAAUUUAGUAAAGGAAAAGGAAAAAAGAAAAUUGACAAGUUGAAACCUUUUUACCACGAAGCACUGUGGAGUACAUUUGGAAUCAAUAGGAUAAAACCGUUUGAAGAUAACUACACUAAAUCACAGAUAAAGGAAUGGAAGGAACUCGAGAACGUAUAA